CCUAUUGUAACCAAUUGCGAACGUUAUCAAGCACUGCCACAUUACCCUUGGUGUAUGUUUUAAUAACAUUGGAUUAUAUUAGAACAAAAAUGUGGUUGCGGUCAUUAUUCUGCGUUGCGAUACUUCUAUCCUCUAUCGUGGCCCAAAAUUAUGCUAACGACUCGGCCGUGAAGAUUUUCCAACAGUACAUCCAGAUCAAUACUACCAGUGGCAACGAUCUUACGCCUGCAGUUAAUUUCUGGCUGAAACUGGCGACGGAGCAGGGGCUAUAUACUAAUGUGUAUUGGUUUACGGACGGGUACCCCAUAGUAGUGAUCAAAUGGCCUGGCUUGAACUCCACAUUGGGCAGUAUCAUGCUCAACUCACACAUGGAUGUAGUACCUGCUGACGAAAACGAUGGCUGGACGUACCCGCCUUUCUCGGGCUAUCUCGAUAACAACAGCGUAAUUUGGGGUCGAGGUGCACAAGAUAUGAAAUCUGUUACUAUACAGUAUUACGAAGCGCUAAAGAGACUGAAAGCAAGAAAUAUUACAUUAUUAAGAGACGUUUACAUGACACUUAUGCCAGACGAGGAGACAGGUGCGGAGAACGGCAUGGUACCGUUCGUGGCGAGCGAAGAGUUCAAAGCGCUGAACGUUGCGUUAGAGCUGGAUGAGGGAACAUCGUACGACUUGCCUGUUAGCCCAGUUUUCUACCAGGAUAAAGCUGUGUGGCAAAUCCGUGUGGACUGCCACGGCGUUGCUACGCAUGGGUCUUCAUUUGCGGUCUUAAACACCACAGCGAUUGGAAAAUGUUCUAACGUAAUAAACACCUUCUUGGCGUUACGAGAUCAGGAGUAUGAGAAAUCUUUAGGAGCUGACAUCACCAACUCUGGAAGCUAUACGUCCAUCAACCUUAACAAAAUAAACGGUGGCACCGCCAACAACAUAGUUCCUCAAAUUAUUUCUCUGGUCUUCGAUGUCAGAUUGGCUACCACUGUCAACGAAACACUAUUUGAAGCUCAGCUAAGGGAGUGGAUACGACAAGCCGGUGACAACAUAACAUUGACUUUUCUGCAAAAGGACUCACAGUCGCCGGCCACUAUUGUUGGAGCUGCGAAUCCAUACUGGACUGCUUUCUCCAAAGCCGCUUCUACGAAGGGUUUCAUCGUACUGCCUACCAUACCUCCCGGCUCAACUGAUGCUCGUUUCAUGCGCUCAGCUGGUUUCCCAGCCUUUGGCUUCUCUCCUAUGCCAAACACGGAACUACUUCUUCACGCCGUCAAUGAAAGACUUAGUGUAAAAACUUUUCUAGCAGGAAUAGAAGUUUACGAACAAAUUAUAUACAACCUCGCUAAUUUACCUGGCGAAGAAACCUCUGUAGAUCCUAGCGUUUAUUUAUACUAUACCUCGCAGUGACAAAGUUUGCUAAUGCAGCUCUUAACUAAUUGUACAGUCCGAACACUUAAAAAUAUGUAUAUAUUUAUGAUAAUUUCGAUCUACGACAAUUAUUAACAUUGUUAUUAUACGAACUAGCCUCUUUAUCAUAAAUAAAAUAAUCGACAUUUUUUGACGAAAUUGAGUUAUUAACAUAUCUGAAAUAAGCAAAAUGAUGUCUACAACGCCUCCAAUCGGUUUUUAUAUAUCUUAUUUUGUUUCAGUUUUAUUAUUAAGCAAAAUUAGCGUAAUUGAUUUUUUUUUCAAAUAAAAAAAUUACGGUACCGAUAUUUAGUUGUAGUAGAGCUCCU